ACUCUAAGAGCAAAUGAAAUCUUGUAACUAUCGGGAUCAAGGGCAAUCGAUGAUAUUUCUGUUUCGCUUUAAAAAAAGAAAUCUUUUUGAAAUAAACACUUGAAUAUAUUGGAAACUUCUGGAGGAUAUUACUAGUAAGUACAUGUGAUUUAUCAUUAAGCAUGUCAAUUGCACAAUAAAAAGUAAAAACCUUUUCUCAAGCGCGGCUCACUUAAAACCUGAAAGAUAAAUAAAUAUAUUGAUUAUCACUUGAACCUGUUUGCACGAUACAAGGUAUUUUCUAUACACUUGUAUGUAAUUUACGAGGAUUUCAGGAUUGUGCAUCACCAGAGUUAUCUCCCUUGUGUAUUCUGUGAUUCACAAAUAAAUUCGUUGGUGUCCAAAGAGACCUCAUAGGUCGGGCAUGCGAUCGAACUUGCUAAGCCAUGAUGACGUCAUCGUCGUCGUCAUCAAUUAUUGGUUAUGUAUAUAUAGGUACCUUACCUAUCUUAGUGUAAGACCGAAAAAAAUACAUUUUCUGUAUUUUAAGCUGUGUCACAUAUUGUUGAAAAGUAAUUAUGCCAUGUGACUCUAGUGAAGGUUUAGUUAUACAGACGUUUUAAAAUUGAAGUGGCAGAUGAAACGAAUGUAUAUCGAGGUUUACACUUCGAUGAAACUGAUAAAAUAUCACCUUUCCGUGAAAUUUGUCGGAUAUUUACCGAGAUACUCUAAAUAUUGUGUAAGCUAUAUACAGCUGCUAGCUAAUUCAAUCGUAAUUGUUAUCUAAACAGUACACCAGUCGGUGUUUGUAAACAAAUCCAAUAUAUCUGAUUUUUAUACCUAUUUUAAUAACAGGUUAAGUCAACAACAGUAUUCAAUAAUCACCGCGUGUUGGGGACAUAACCAGGCUCCCGUAAUUCCGGCUACAAAUCAGACAACUUCGGUUUCUGAAGGUCAAGCCAGUAAUAAAAUUACACGGAAAAAUAACGUUCAAUACUAAAAUACAAUAUGGAAAUGAGAUUGUAUAUUAGAAAUGAUCAUAGGAUAUCGAUUAUGCAUUGAAACCAGAGUCAAGGGGUAUUCAAAUGUCAUCUCUUUAUUUAAUGUCCGCUAAAGCCUGUCAACUCAGAACGUACCUGGCCGAUCAGCCGACUACCGGCUGUAUGGUGGAAGUUUAAAUGUUACAGGAUACCAGAGGCUAGGCAUAUCGCGAUCAAUCGGAGAGUAGGCCUUUUAUGUCAACAAUUUAAUUCGAGUCUACUUGUGUAUGAACACGAUAUACUCUGUACAAUCUAUUAAGAACUAGAUAUUAUAAAUUGACACGUCAGAAUCGACUUUUUAGGCACUGACGACACACCCAGGAAUCGCUGUCGUUCAUACUUCUCGUCCGGUGGUCUGGAACACUGUCAUCGGAAAUAUAGAGAAAUGGACUUCGGUCCGGCGACCAAGGCAAUCGGAAUAUUUCUAUAAACAGAAGAAAAACCGCGUUAUUUGAAGAAAAUUCUUAACCAAACCAAACAGUGAAUACGUUGCUAUGGAAUACAUUUGAAUUAAAUUCUUAUCCAAAUCAACGGGGAAUACGUUGCUAUGGAAUCCAUGGGUUGCUAAGGAACAGUCGUUUUGUGUUUCAACGGAUUCGUGUAUUGCGUUCCUGGAGGAUUCUUCUUGAGAAAACUUAAUUCACCGACGGCAACUAAAUAAAUUGUUUAUAUCUCUAUAAUGUGGUGUGGGCAUUGUAGAAUAAACACACGUUCUAUAUGAUGUAUAGAAAUAAUUGAUUAUAAAGAUUAUUGGUAUUUAUAUGCCCGCGGUCUUUGAAGAAGGCAUAAAGGUGGUUGUUCAAACGUUUCUGCUAGCAGGCCAGGAACUAAGCUUGAACGAUCCAUGUACGCAAAAGGUAGGCCGUCAGUAGUACCAACUUACCCGCCCGGCACGCCGCAUGGUAACUGUCAACAAAGCCAGCGAAUACAAACUUUCUCCCUGGCCCCGGGAUCAAGACCUAUACUUACACGUGGAUUAAUACGCCACCAUGGGAUUGAUAUUUUGUACCUGUCGAAAUAUUGGAUAUGUUUAAAGGUUUCAAGAUACCUCUGAAUCAGUGACAAACCCCCGAGGAGAGACAGAGGAGAAGGCUUAGAGGGGGAGGCACCUCAGUGGAGCAAGUUUGGUGUGCAAAAGAUAAGUUAUAACGAGUCAGGCCGACCAGGUGACGGAGAGGAGGUUUAUUCUAUGAGCACCCCGAGGAGGAGGAGGAGUUUUAUUGUAUAGUUUGUGGAGCCCAGUAUGCAAGUCAUGGAGUUAACAUAUAGAGAUUACCAUAACCGAGUGUUUACUCACACCGAGAAGAAAAUGAUGGAGCUUGACAGACUGAAACUAUUGGCCAACAAGCACCUUGGACGUCUUCAUCAGCUCAAGAUGCGCUACAUUGAUUGGUUUAACCGGAAGCACCAGUCAUUUCUGGAUUCCAUCAAGCUCAUUCAUACUCUUGGCGGCUCACUACUUCCGUUUGAAGUCGACACCAUACGUCAUUACAGGCGCGUGCGCGACCUAUCUCGGAGAUUCCCGCGGAACGGGACUCCGCGAGACUCUAGUCCCGUGAAAAUGGACGAGUUUAUAUCAUUUUGGGAAGAAUUGUAUAUGCUUAAACUUGAGAACGAUGCUUUGUUUGAUAGUGUUGAGCAUUUCUGUCACAGUAUCCGAAGACUAAGACAGCCGGAAAUCAUGGAUGAAAUAGACAGACUGCAUUAUAAACUAAAUUUGUUCUGUGCGGAAGAUUUCAAGUUCACAGAGCUGAACAACGAACGUGACAAUUUGUUUACUUAUAAGGUAGCCCCACACGACCACAAAUAUCACGGUUUAAUGAACUUCAUACCAUUUCUCCUUGGUUACGCCACCCGGUUAUGUUACUGGACCAGUAAGUUAUUUAUAGAAAAAUCCUAACAUGCAAUAUAUUGGAAUGUACAAGUGGUGUAAACACGUGACUUUGAACAGCAUUCUGAUUGGCCAAGAAAACUUUUUAUAUAAAAGACAGGGAUAGUCGAAAGUUCAAAUAUUCAAGUGCUUGUCAAUCAGCAUUCUUAUUGGCCACGUGACUUUCAGACGGCGUCCGAGUUACGGGUACAAAACUAAGAAUGCACCAGACAUAAACUGCAGUGCCCCAUACAUUUAUUUACAUUAUAUUUAUUUAUUCUUAAACAUGGAGUACAUUUUAAUGUUCUAUUUAUUAUACCGAUCUACCCUUCGUCUGUGCCACGCUGCAGAUGGAUUUUAUGAUUCCCUGACUUGGUUUAAGUUGGAAUGCAUCUGUAGAAGAGAUAGUAUUAAUGAAGACAUAUUUAUUCAAUGGUUCUCGAUCACUUUAAGUGUCUCAAUCAUUAUCAAAACAAAAUUCGAGAAUACUUCGUAAUUCUUAUAACCGAAGUAUUGGACACAUUUGUUUGAAUGUGGAGCCCAUAUGAAUCGGUGAGCGAAAUCCCCAAACUGUCUGUGAUACGAUACGAUAUAAAUGUUGUGAUUAUGACAA